GUGGUCCUGUCACGUUGCACGGUGAAUGUGUGUUGUGUGUGAAUUUCAAGGCGGCCGCUGAGAAUAUGGGGAGUCAGUCGGGAUUCGGAGUGUGAACGGCAGCUUGUCUUCUCCGCGUCUGGUAACGGCUUCAUGAACUCCGCGGGGACCUGGCAGUCGGGUAGGAGCUGCUGACCUGUUUUUACACCACAAAUCGCAGUUUAAAAGCACAUGUGUGAAAAGGAUAAAAACAAAUGUCACACAUGUGGAAAAUCCCAAUUCAUAAACUGAUAAAGCCCAGCCAUCGUUGUCAAGGAGUAACGCGCCGCGUAAAUGUGCACAACUGAACAGCGAUAAUCUACAAGCGUUAUUUAGUGCGGCCCCGUCAGCACUUGGGGGCCAUGGUAAGUAGCCUGUCGUCUUUAUAACAAUUCACAACGAUGACGGCGGAACCUCAAAACGAGGACUUGAUCCAGAAUGAGGAGUGGUCUGCGGCUACGCGGUCCGAAGCGGAGAGCCCCCCAGAAAAGACUUUUGGCUGUGAAGCUAUGGGGGAGCAGAACCAGGAGGACAUGGAGCUGCACUCCAGCGUGUCUAAUGGCAACGAGUCGAGUGGGCAUGACUGCAAUGGACACGAGUCCAGUGGAACCGAUUCCCACCUUAACGAGCCCAGCAGGAGAUCAAACUGUACUUUCAGGAGACCAAGCAAAUCAACCGGAAGCAGCAACAACAGUGAACAAAUGGAAAGAGUUCGUUCUCACAAGGAGCUGAUGAGUAUGGUGCAGGAGAUGAAGCGGCGCCUGCCUUCCGAGAAGAUGAGUCGCAGCAAACCAAGCACCGUAGAUGCUCUGAACUACGCGCUGAAGUGUGUCCGGCAGGUCCAAGCAAAUAGCGCAUUUUUCCAGGUCCUCGGGGACAACGGGACAUCUCGAGUGGAUUCAUCGGUACACACGAUCGAAGAUUUAGAAACCAUUACAUCUGAACACCCACCGAAGAACACGGAUACGUUUGUGAUUGUGUUUUCUCUGACAACCGGAAAAAUGGUUUACAUCUCCGAGCAAGCGGCUUACAUCUUAAACUGCAAGAAGAAACUGCUGGAUUCCUCGAGAUUUGUAGAACUUCUAGCUCCUCAGGACGUCAGCGUCUUCUACAAACACACGACUCAGUCUCACCUGCUGCCCUGGAAUAUAGGUACAGAGACAGCAUCGAUGUAUGAAUAUACGCAAGUGAAAUCCUUUUUCUGCAGGAUAAGGGGUGGUAAAGAUCGGGACCAUGAACUCCGCUAUAAUCCUUAUAGGAUGACGCCCUAUUCGGUCAGGGUGCGAACCUCUCCCGAUGUCGAACCAGAGCCGUGUUGUCUUGCGUUGGUAGAAAAGAUUCAUUCGGGAUAUGAAGCUCCCAGAAUUCCUCUAGACAAAAGAAUCUUCACAACAACUCACACGCCAGGCUGCGUGUUUCUUGAAGUAGAUGAUAGGGCCGUCCCGUUACUGGGUUGCCUGCCCCAGGACUUGGUCGGAACCUCCGUUUUGAUGUAUAUACACCCCGAGGAUCGUCCUUUGAUGCUGGCCAUGCACAGGAAAAUCCUGAAGUACGCCGGGCAGCCGCCGUUUGAACACUCGCCAAUCAGAUUCUGCACGCAGAACGGGGACUACAUCACGCUCGAUACCAGCUGGUCCAGCUUCGUCAACCCUUGGAGCAGGAAGGUGGCUUUCAUCAUCGGGCGCCAUAAAGUCAGAACGGGUCCUCUGAACGAAGAUGUGUUUGCUGCUCGAAGCCGGGAAAUUAUCAAUGUGGACAAAGAGAUUAAAGAGCUCCAGGGGCAGAUCUACAAGGUUCUUCUACAGCCCGUUCAUAACAACGGAUCCAGCGGAUACGGCAGCCUGGGCAGCAAUGGAUCUUACGAACAUUAUAUAAGCAUAGCUUCUUCCAGCGAUUCCAAUGGAAACUGCGUGGACGAGACCCACAAGGAACUGAUGACGUUAAAACAAGUCUGUACAGACAUCAAUCGCAUCAAGAAUCUGGGGCAACAAGUGUAUAUAGAUACGAGAAGCAAACUGGUCCAGAAGAAGCGAGAUGUGUUGGACAAGGAUGUGCAGAAAGUAAAGCCAAAUACAAAUAUCUUCUUGAGACCGCAUCAGGAAAAUGCAGCCGUUGAAGGACAGGCUGCCUCGUCUUGCGAUGCAUCGAGAAAGGGGCAACACUUACCCUCAUACCAGCAGAUCAACUGCGUGGACAGUAUUAUCAGGUAUCUGGAGAGCUACAACAUCCCAGCAUUGAAGAGAAAAUGUGAAUCCUCAACAAACACCACGUCGUCUUCAUCAGAAGAUGACAAGCAGGGUCAUCAGGAACCAAAUGAAGAUGUUCCUGUGUUAACAGCACCCAUCUCCACGAGCCAGUUAUCUGCUGAGUCGAUGGUAACCACAGAUGCUCAGACAACAGCCGCCGUGGUUGGAGCGCCGUUGACAGAUCUGACCCUUUCCAUCAAGGCCAUGAGCGUGGUUUCUGUCACCAGCCAGUGUAGCUACAGCAGUACAAUUGUGCAUGUUCCACAACCCGAGUCAGAGGUCACAGCCAUAGAAGAUGCUACGGGUGGAAGCGAACAAAUUGAAAUGAGGUCCUCCCAAGCCCCGGGGUCCUCCGUAGCACCCGAGGAAUUUAAGCAGGUUGGUUUAACAAAGGAGGUUUUAUCCGCUCACACUCAGAAAGAGGAGCAGAAUUAUGUGGAUCGGUUUCGGCAGAGGAUCCUUCAGUCUCCAUACAGCAGCUACCUCCAGCAAGACAGUAGAAGCAAAGUUUGUUCUCAUGAACAAGGUGUUGAAGGUGAGCAUUCUUCACAUCAGACUACGCCAGCUGCCUUGAAGAAAGGCAAGAAACAUGGGAAACAUAAACGUCAGAAACCCAUGGAAUCCUCAGACAGUAACGGUUCUCACCCUAAUUUGCCUCCACGUCUGAGAAGACAAGGCCAACUUCCACAGUCUUGGCCACCAUCUGAAGUAUCUCAUCCAAGCCCCUCAAACAUGGCUUUUCCACCUCCAGUGAUGAUACCCAUCCAGCCCGCAUAUCCCAUGCCUGGGUUCCCUCUUCCACACAUGAGCUCAGCCAAUGGAAAUUUCCCCACCUCUUCCAUGGCACCUGAAUGUCCGCCACAACCAUCAAUGCCCUACAACAUACAGCCGUUCCCUGGAUUUCAGUCUCCGUACAUGGGUACACUCAUGGCAGUAAUUCUCCCCAACUACAACGUGUACCCGCAAAUGAACCCACAGAUACCUCAACCUUUCUUUCCACCUCAGUAUACCUGUCCAACUUCAUACCCGUAUACCGGAAUGCCUGCCACGGCUCAAAGCAUGCCGUCGCAAAUUCCCACGGACUUUAUGGACCCAACCUCUCGAGCCUCGUCUCCCAUGUCAGCUGAGGGACAGCAGGAGGUUCAAAGUGAAGAUCCACGGCUGUUCAGUAACUCCAGGAGCAGCUCGCCGCUGCAGUUAGUCCUUCUUCAGGAAGAGCUGCCAAAACCUGUAGAAGCUCCAGAGGGAACCAAGGCAGAAAGCCAAGUGGAUAUUAAAUGUGCGGACGCUGCCGAGGACAGCGGCAACAACGACAGCCACUCUGCCUCCAGCGAACUCUUUGAUCUAUUACUCCAGGAGGACUCGCAAUCUGGCACCGGAUCCGCAGCCUCCGGAAGCGGAUCGGCCAAUUCCAGCUCGUUGGGCUCUGGGUCCAACGGUUCUACCUCAAACGGGACUUCUGGAAGUGGAAUAGGGAGUAGUAACAGCAGCAAGUAUUUUGCUAGCAAGUCCUCUGAUACCUCCAAGAAGGGGCAUAAGCGACCGGAGGUGGUGGAAACUGAUGAUUUCCCCAAGGCGGCAGGAGACUCCAUCUGGACGAUGAUAGAACGUACACCUACACCUAUUAUGAUGACCUACCAGGUACCUGAGAGAGAUAAAGAGACCCUGUUGAAGGAAGACUUAGAAAAACUGGCCGCCAUGCGGAACAAACAGCCCUGGUUUACGGAAGAGCAGAAAGAGGAGCUUGCAGAAGUACAUUCGUGGAUUCGGAAUCGGACAAUCCCGCAAGAAAUAGACACACAAGGAUGUGUCGCGUGCGUGAAUAUCGCAGCAUCGAACAAGGAGACAGAAGAGGCAACCGAAAGCCCUGCGGAGAUCUACACCAAGGCAGAUGAACAAGAACAGCACCAAGAACAGUGCCGGAGCAGCCCCAGCCAGGGGGACUCUGCUAACUCGGAAACAUAACGCUCCUUGUAAAUACUUUUUUCUAUGACAUUUUGCAAACCUUAUUUAAACUCAUUCACGGCACAAAGACUUCUGAGGAUUUACCAACUUUCUAGAAUCCUUUUUGAUCUGUUGAAGAAUCCCAAUCGUUUUCGAAAGACUGUGACUAGAUGCAGCCGAAAAUUUACGUCGCUGGUCAGUUGGUGUCGACCAAAUGCGGCGAUUUACAUUUCCCACUGGAGCUCCUCAGUGUUCCUUGGAGAAUGCCCUCAUAAGUUCUGUGAACGUCAGGAUACCGGAGAUGUUUUCCACGAUCCAUCUACCGUAGUUGGUUUCUUUGUGCACCUUACUGUCAAACAUGCUAUAUGUGUAAAUAUCACCCACAUCACACAAGUGAUAGGAAACCCGUUUAUAUAACAUUCUGUUUUUGUAAAUCUGCCUGAUAAAAUAUUGUGUAGA